AUGUGGCCCUCUUUUGCGAACUUCCUCGUUAAGCGGCAAGAGGAGCAGCAAGCGCCUUCUUCCCUUCCACCGCAGGGGAACGGUCCAGGCGAAAUAGUGGAGACAGAAAUCACGCAGGAGGAAACGGAAGAGCAGAACGUCCUGAGCGAAUUGAACAAUGAAGAAGACCAACUAGAGAAGGAAGAAGGAGGAGUAAAAAAAAAAAAAAAGCUGUAUGAACUGAACGAGCUGCAUCACUUGGUGAACGCCUUGCCAUAUAUCGACUCCCACGACAGCGAACUGGAAAAAAAUGCCAAACAAUUGGUGGAAGAAGAAAUGAUGUUAAUGCAAAAAAAAAAUGAAGUGAAAAAUUAUCUGCAAGACUUUGACGUACCCCCAUCAGUGUACGUAAAAAUAAAAAAUUCAGUCAUGCCAAAUGAGCUAAAACGCUGUGAACAGAAUAUCAACAUGGAGAAGCUAAACUUAAAUUGCUACAACAUUGAAAAGGAGGAGUUGAAGGAGGAGAAAAAUCUGAACGAGUGGAUCAACACAUUGAGGAGGCAUCAAAUCGUAUUGGAAAAUAUGCACAACGCUCUUAUCAACGUAGAGUUAAUGAAUAAAUACAAAGAGGUCAUGUGGAGCGAGCACAUGAAAGUUUUCACACACAUUGACGUCAACCUACAGAAUAGCAUAAAGUUGCUAAAGGAUCAAAUCGAUAACAUAAACAAGCAGAGGAAACUGCACCAACUUAGUUACGUGAAUGACUUGUCUGCACUGCAGAAUGAGAGGAACGAGUACAAGCGCAAAAACGACAUCGUUCUGGAGGAAAUUAAGAAGCUUCUCUCGGAGAACCUACGCCUGCGUUAUCAGCGGAAUGAGGCGUGA